AUGGUCGCGUGCUGGGCGCCAGCUGCCGUCGAGGAGUCCCUGGAGCACCAGCGGGACGACCCGGAGUGGAGCUCCAAUGUGGUCACGGUCAUGAUGCGGCGGAUCCCGCGCCACUUCACCCAGCAAUGCCUCAUGCGUGAGGUGAUCGAACGUGGCUUUGAGGGUCUCUUCGACUUCCUCUACCUCCCAUGGGACCUCAAGAAGAACCAGAACGUGGGGUAUGGCUUCAUCCGGCUUGCCCUCCCAAGGAUUGCCCUGAUCUUCCGGGACGCCUUCGACGGGGCCCACCUCGGCGCGGGGGCGUCCGGGCCGAAGGAGACGCCCCUGAGAGUGCACCCCGCCUCGCUGCAAGGGUACCAGGCCAACUACCAUCAUUUCGUGAACACGAAGACGGGCCAGAAGCAGGACCCGUUGUCCAGCCCCCUCUUCUUCCCGGGCAGCGGCGAGAACGCUUUGUCGACGUUCCAGGGCCCGAUCCAAAGUGCACGAGCCCGAAUGUGA